AUGGAUUAUAACGAGUGGAGACAAACAAUUAUUCAAAUACUCCAAAACUGCUUUAAUCAAUUAAACCAAAGAAAUGAACAAAGUGAAAUUAAUUUAAAUAAAUAUUUAAACGAACCAUCAACAAUAAAAUGGAUAAUUCAAUUAUUAAAUGAAAUAAAUAAUGAAUUUAUUGAAACACAAUUAUCUAUUAUUUUAAGAAGAAAAAUUAGUAAAGAAUGGAAUUGUUUUAAUGAAGAACAACAAAUGUUUAUCAUUGAAACAAUAUUUCCAUUAAUUUGUCUUAAAGAUAAUUUAAUUGUAAAAAACCAAUUAAUUGAAGUAGUUAAAUUAUUAUAUUCUAAACAAUAUUAUCAACAUCAAAUCAAUUGGUUAUUUCAAAAUAAAAAUAAAUAUGAAGUAUCUAUUCUUUUUAUAUUAAAAUCAUUAUUUAAAUUAUAUCAAUUUACUCCUCAAACUAAUAACUAUUCAUUAUUUAAUUUAUUUAUUCAAUUUAAUAAUGAUUUCAUUAAUUCUCUUUAUGUAAAUUCAAUGACCCAACAAUAUAUUUUAUCAAUUUUAUGUUCUGUAACUUAUUUACAAAUUAAUACUUCAAUUGAGCCAUUAUUAAAACAAUGGUUAAUGAAUAUUUUAAAUAUUCUUAAUUCUCCAAUUAUUACUAUUAAAACAUUGUAUUAUUGUUUCCGUUUUAUUAACCAUAUAAUGGGUGGUUAUGAAUAUUAUCAAUUCCAAAAAGAAUUUCCUGAUUUUAUAAUAAACCAAAUGAAUAGUUUAAUUCAAUUUGGUUGUUCUAUUCUACAAAAAAAUCCAUCAAAUCGUAUUUGUUUUGAAAUACUUUAUUUCUUUACAAAAGCGGUUAAAAUAGAUUGUUCAUAUAAUUUCAUGUUAAACAAUUGUUCAUUUUUACUUUCUUCUAUUCUUCCUUUACUUUGUUUUAAUGAUGAAGAUUUGACAAUUUUUAAAAAUGAUGAAAUAUUAUUUCUUCAAAGAGAAGAUGAUAGAAAAUAUGGUGCUGUUGAUGCAUAUUCUUCAUCAAAUAAAUUUUUUACUCAAUUUUGUUCAUAUAACAAAUCAGUUCAAAUAGUAGUAUCUGAAUUAUUAAAAUUCAUUAAUGAUAAAUCUUUUAAAGGAAAAGAAGGAUGUUGUGUUGUAUUUCAUUUCAUUAAUGGAUCUAUUCAAAAUAAAUAUAAAGAAUCAUUAGAAAUAAUUAUUAAUAAUGUUAUUAAACCAUUAUUAUUUAGUAAUAAUCCAAUACAAUUAUAUUAUGGUGUAUUAUUAUUUGAAGACUAUUAUUCUAAACAAUUAAUAAGAUAUUCAAACAAAGAAGAAUUAUUCAAAAAUAAUGAAUGUAAAUUAUUUCUUACUCGACUAUUUGAAUUAAUUCAUUUUCCUUCAUUAAUUAUUUCACAACAUAUUAUUUCAGCAUUACAAUUUAUUAUUAAAAUAUUACCUUUAAAUGAUAUUGAAAUAUUGUAUAAUAGAAUUAUUCAAUUACUUCAAUACCCAUCAUAUCAAGUAAUUAAUUCUUUAUUAUCAAUAUAUCUUCAUUAUCCUCAAUUUAAAUCUUCUUCAUCAAUAGUAGUUAAUAAAUUAUCUUUAUUUUCAUUAGAAUUAUGUUCACUUCAUCAAGGAUUUUUAAUGGAAUCGAAUCCUAAUUUAGAUUUAAUUUCAGAUAUUCUUACAUUAUUAUAUUCAACCCUUGAAGCACUUGAAAAAUUCUUAAUUUAUUGUACUGAUUUAUCAUCUGUACUAUCAUUAAUAGAAUCAAUUCUUACUAAAUAUAUUUCAUUGCUUUCAGAUAUUUCAGAACAAAUAUUAUCUUUAAUAAAAUUAACAUUAAAACUUACAAAUCAAUCUCAUCAUCUCUCCCUUAUUAUUCAACAAUUCUUAUUUGAAAAUCCAUUAGAUUUAUCAAUAUUAUUACUCCCAUCAAUUGGUUUUAUUUGUCAAUAUUCAACUACAGAUUUAGAUUCUCAUUUAUUACUUCGUUAUAUACAAAAUUCACUUCAAGGAUAUUAUAAUGAUGACUUUUUACUUACAUCAAUUACAUUUACUUUAAAACAAUUACUCAUAUCUUCUAUAAUUCAUUCUUCUCAAAUUUUACCAACAAUAUUAGCAUUAAUUCCUCAAUGUGAUGAUUAUUUAGCUCAUUGUUUAAAAACAACAAUCUUUGUAUCAAUUAUUUUUCAACCUCAAAACACUUUGGAUUUAUUUGAUUCUUUAAAUUCAUUUCAAUUCCUUAUUAAUAUGUUAAAACACUAUUCUACUCUUAAAAAUGACUUUUAUACAACGAAAAUCCUUGUUUUAACUCUAAUUACAUUAAUAGAUACUCCUUCUCCAUUAGACCAAGCUUCAUUACUUCAAUUAUUAAUUCCUUUCCUUCAAUCAUUAUAUUUCUAUCGUAAUACUUAUUCUCAGGCUGUUAUUUCAAUUUCUGAAGAAGAUGAUGAUAAUGAAUCACCUCAAUGUGAAGAAGAACCAAUACCAAUGUUAAUUGAUUUGAAUGACAAUGUUAUAUUAUCACAACUAAUACAGAAAUUACUCUCUAAAAAUGCUCCAAUACUUCAAACAUUAACAUCAGAACAAAUGAUUUUUCUCAAAAGAAUACUUCACUUAUAA